GGAGAACAGAGGGGCUAUUGGGAUACAAAUUACAGCUCUCUCAGGAUUUGCCAGACAGAUCAGCCAAAUUGGAAGACCUGAUUUCUGAGGAAUAAAACAAAGAGGGGGAAAAAUGACAGAUGAUCAAGACCUUUCUGAGGUGGAGAUGAGUCCUGUAGGUUCUGAAGACCAUCACUGCCUCUCACCAGGACCUUCCAUGGCAUCGGACGCCAGCUCUCACCUGACCAGCCCCAGCAGCAGUGAGAUGGGGAAGGUGAAGAAGGAGCAGCAGGACUCAGAGGCGGACGACGAUAAGUUUCCAGUGUGCAUCCGGGAGGCAGUGAGCCAGGUACUGAGCGGUUACGACUGGACCCUGGUGCCCAUGCCAGUGCGGGUCAAUGGAAGCAGCAAGAGCAAGCCCCAUGUCAAGCGGCCCAUGAAUGCUUUCAUGGUGUGGGCGCAGGCUGCCCGGAGGAAGCUGGCAGACCAGUAUCCUCACCUCCACAAUGCAGAGCUUAGUAAGACGCUGGGGAAGCUCUGGAGACUGCUGAAUGAAAGUGACAAGCGACCCUUCAUUGAAGAAGCCGAGCGGCUGCGGAUGCAGCACAAAAAGGACCACCCUGAUUACAAGUACCAGCCACGUCGGCGGAAAAACGGCAAGGCCGCCCAGGGUGAAAAUGAUGGCCAAGCUGAAGGAGAAGCUGGUGGGGCUGCCGCUAUCCAGGCCCACUAUAAGAAUGCCCACAUGGACCACAGGCACCCUGGUGAAGGGUCUCCCCUGUCUGACGGACACCCUGAACACUCCUCAGGUCAGAGCCACGGGCCCCCCACUCCGCCAACCACUCCGAAGACAGAACUGCAAUCGGGUAAAGCUGACUCCAAGAGAGAAGGGCGUUCUUUGGGGGAAGGAGGAAAGCCUCACAUCGACUUCGGCAAUGUGGAUAUCGGGGAGAUCAGCCACGAAGUGAUGUCCAACAUGGAGCCCUUUGAUGUCAACGAGUUUGACCAGUACCUGCCACCAAAUGGACACGCUGCCCACCCAGGCCAUGUUGGAGGCUAUGCCACAGCUGCCGGUUAUGGCCUUGGGAGUGCCCUGGCUGCAGCCAGCGGACACUCAGCCUGGAUCUCCAAACAGCACGGAGUCUCCUUGUCUGCCACCACCUCAUCAGUGGUAGACGCCAAGGCCCAAGUGAAAACAGAGGGUUCUGCUCCAGGGGGCCAUUACACUGAUCAGCCCUCCACUUCCCAGAUAGCAUACACAUCACUCAGUCUGCCCCACUAUGGCUCAGCUUUCCCUUCUAUAUCUAGGCCCCAGUUUGACUACCCUGACCACCAGCCCUCAGGACCCUACUAUAGCCACUCCAGUCAGGCUUCUGGCCUCUAUUCGGCCUUCUCGUAUAUGGGGCCCUCCCAACGUCCCCUGUACACUGCCAUCUCUGACCCAGCACCCUCAGUGCCACAGUCCCAUAGCCCAACACACUGGGAACAGCCUGUGUAUACGACCCUCUCAAGACCCUAGGGAAUGGGGAACGGUGACCAAAGCAGCAGCGGAAAGGGUCCGAAGAAUCAGCCCCAGAGGACGAGCCUCCGAGUUCUGAGGCCAUUCAGUGUCAUCCAGUCACCAGAACCCACUGAAUAUCCGGGCGUGUCUCUCUUGACCGCAGAUACCGAAGGCUCACCUGGCUAGAGGAAGGUCCCUACCCACCCCCAUUCUCCCAAUUCCUGAUUGGCUUCCAAGAUCCCAUAGGCCUUCUAGAUGAGGACAAUUCUUGGCAUGGAGCAACUAGUCAUGGUGGAGUUUUGUUGAGCAGACCAAGGAUUU